AUGUCGCAAGAUCAUGCUCAACUUGAUAGCAAAGUCAUCUGCCACCAUAUAUAUCCCAUGGUACAAGCGAAUGCUACUAUUUGCAUAAAGGUAUUGCAAGGUUCCGUCGAGUCAGCAUACGGGUACAAGGUUUCUUACAAGAAGGUUUGGCAUGCAAAGCAGAAGGCAAUUGCCAAAAUUUAUGGUGAUCGGGAGGAGUCAUACGACCAGCUCGAAGAUAUUUCAACGCACUGUACAAUUGUUGACCUCCAAACGCGUCCGAACUAUGUUGGCAACACGUUGGACCGGCACAGUGUCAUAUUUCAUCAGGUUUUUUGGUCAUUUCCGUCCUGUGUUGAAGCCUUCAAGCACUGCGUGCCCCUUGUAUCAGUGGUCGGAAUACACUUGUAUGGCAAAUACGCAAGGACCUUGUUGAUGGGUAUAGCGCAGGAUGGGAAUAACAACAUCCUACCCAUUGCUUUUGCAAUUGUCAAAAGGGAGAAUACUGAUUCGUGGUUCUUUUUCCUAUCGAAUCUAAAGAGACAUGUAACGACUCAACCAAGGAUACUACUUAUCUCUGAUCGGCAUGCAGCAAUAAAGGCUGCUUUAGAGCGGGCUGGGUGUGGAUGGAAACACAAUGUGUACUAUGUGAGACAUAUUGCCUCUAACUUUGCAACAAGUUUCAAGAGCAAGGAAGCAAAAAGGCACCUAGUCAACGCGGCGUAUUCUAAGACACAAGAGCUGGCACAGUACUACAUUGAGUUAAUUAGCAGCGAGGAUACGGUCACAUCUCCAUGA